UAAAAAACAUUCUUUCUAAACCAUGUCGCAUUUUCAUUAGAUUUUGAUUCUAAGCCUUCAAUAUGUGGGGAUCAGUUUUUAUAUGGGAAAUAUGAUCAUAUUAGUUAAUUCAGAAGAGCAGGUGACUAUUUGGACCUCUAUAGGAAAAGUGAAAAUAUCAUCAAGGGGUCCAAACUUUCAACCGUACUCCUGACUUAAGUGUUGUAAUCAUAUCUUUCAAAUAGCGGCUACUUCCUACGUUUUGAGGUUCAAAUCGGUCAAAAAAGAGGCUUGUUUAUGGAGAGAAAUGAAAACUCCCUUGGAUAAAACAUGAUUAGAAAAUCAAGUAUUAGCCCAGUAAACAAUUUUGCAGCUACAAAAGAUGGCACUAGUAAAAGAACCCAAGAGGAAAUAAAUCCGAGUAGUGGGAUCCUGAAAAACGACACUAUGCAAAAUCUGGAAAAUCCACAAAAUCUGGAAUCAUUUGGAAGCUACGCAAAAUCUGUUUUCGAAAAAUCACUCAUCACCAGUUUACCACAAAUCGUCUCUUCGAAAACGUGGAAGAAAAAGUUGUGGAAGUCAGUUGUCUUUUUAUUUAGCUUGGCUGCAUUUCUCCACUUAACACAGGAAUUCUUCGCGCAUUAUUGGACAUACCCAACAGAAUCUCACGUAGUAGAAAGCAGACCGGAGGAAAUUGUUCUGCCUGCAGUAACGUUCUGCAGUAAUAAUCAUUUCAGUCGAGAAAAGUUUUGCAAUAUGUUCCCUUUUAUGUGUACCGAUUACAGUAAUGAUACAAAAGCAUUUUGUGCGAAGUUUCCAAAAUAUUGCCAAGCGAUGUAUGGUUUAGCUUUCACACCCAAUAAGAAAGUUCCGGUAAGAGCGGCUUUCUUUGACAACUGGUUCUACCGUCAAUGGAAAACAGCCUACUUAUUGAAUAAUAUGGAUCUAGGAAGGUGCGAUAAACAUUACAGUCUUAAUCAAGCCAUCAAUCUUAGGUGCAACAUGAAACAUUCUCCACUACUGGUGAAAGGAUAUCCUCAUUUUUGUAGAACAGUAGAACCUCUACUCGGGCAACCAGAAUCCAAGGAUGAAAUGAUCAAUGAAACUUUUUAUUAUGCGUUUGAUUUUCUGAACCAUCCAGAGGAUUAUUUUAGGCAUUCAGAUCCGCAUUUACUUUACGUAGUGGUUCACAAUCGCAGGCAUUUAGUGAAUCCAUACAAGAAGGGAAUUAUUUUAAAAGUUGGACACCAGUACGCUCUUCGAGUAUCUAUGAAUGAAAUUGAAAGGCUCCCUUAUCCUUAUGAUACGAACUGCACUGAUUAUUUAGCUGCAUGGAGGAGAAACAAUGGCACCGGUCCUCUGAAUCAAGAUAGUUGCAUUGAGUAUUGCAAAUUCAGAAAGCUUGUGUCAGAGGGCAAAUGUAUUGACGAAUUCACUUCUUAUGAACCUCAUUUGGAAAAUCUCUGUGGAAAAAAUAUAAAAACUACUACUCACGCCAUGACAAAAGAAUGUGUUAAAGAAUGCCAGCCAGCAUGCCUAGAACAGAAUUACGAGGUUGAUAAGGAAGUGUCCGAACUAUUCGCAGAGGGAUCUAUGGUAUGAUAUUUUGUAAUACUGUAAGAAUAAUUAUGAUUUGUUGAGCAGUGUCGUUUACU